CCUCCCCGUCCCGUUCCGUUCGUUUCGGUCCGUAUAACCGCGCCCCCCGCAUCUCCUCCGCCCCCGCCCCCGCACCGCGUCUCGCCCAUAACUACUCCUCCGCAUCGCUGUUUUUUCCUCCUCUCUCCGCCCUACCCUCCUCUCUCUCCUCGAGCCGCAUCCCACCUGCCUGCCUGCCCGGGGGGGGGGGGUCCUGCAGCGGCCGCCAAUCCCGCCCCAUCCAAUCUCCCGGCCCGGCCCCUCCGCCCCGAUCCCGCCGCCGUCCGAGGGGCAGCGCUCCGGGUGCCGCCGCGCCUGCCCUCGCCGGCGUUCGUCUCCGUCGCCCGGUUCCGCCCGCCCGCCCGCUGCGGCCGCGUCGGCGACCUUCGACGGCGGCGGGGGCGAGCCGCGGCAACACACGCGCGUCGGCGAUGGCCACGGCCUGAGAUUGAGGAUGCGUACAGAGGGGUUGGAGUCUUGUGGAUAGGUUCCCUCCCUGUUGAAAUAUUGUUGUAGAUUCUGACGGAAUGUUGGAGGGUCAAUCUUGCCUGAUCUCGAGGUCACUGCCCAGCUCCUGCGAACAGGAAUCCAGAUUAGCUUAUAUGACUUACCACCUCCUUGAGAUCACAAGGACUAAGCGCCCAUCUGGGGUCCUGGCUAUUGAACAUGAUGGAAUUGCUGUGGCGGCAGUGCUGGCAAAGCGGCCUAAGUCUGAGGAUAGCCAUGAUGCUGUGCCGGUAGACUGUCAGGGUGGUAAUCAGGGCUAUUCUGAUUCAAGCACACUGAUAAGUUCUAUUGGCAGAGAUAAUUCAAUCAAUUGUCUAGCCCGUUGCUCUCGGUCUGAUUAUGGCUCCAUUGCAUCACUGAGCCGGAACUUCCGUUCCCUUGUCCGUGAUGGUGGUCUGUACAGAGAACGGCGGAGGUUAGGGAUUGCAGAACACUGGGUGUAUUUCUCCUGCAAUGUGCAGGAGUGGGAGGCAUAUGACCCAUACCGUGAACGGUGGAUGACGCUCCCAAGGAUGCCACCUAAUGAGUGUUUCAUGUGCUCAGACAAGGAGUCACUAGCUGUGGGCACUGAACUUCUGGUGUUUGGCAAGGAGAUUCUAUCACAUAUUGUUCUUAGCUAUAGCAUUCUGACCAACUCAUGGUCAAGAGGCGUUGAAAUGAAUGCCCCUAGAUGUUUGUUUGGUUCGGCUAGUUUUGGAGAGAAGGCAAUUAUAGCUGGUGGCAUGGAUUCUUUUGGGAGUGUGCUUAGUUCUGCUGAGCUGUACAACUCUGAAACUAAAAGUUGGGUUACACUUCCGAGCAUGAACAAGCGUAGGAGAAUGUGUUCUGGAGUCUUCAUGGAUGGCAAGUUUUAUGUUAUUGGUGGAAUGGCCAGUAACACGGAGGUGCUGACAUGCGGAGAAGAGUAUGAUUUAGAGAAGGGUACCUGGAGGUUGAUAGAGAACAUGUCAGAGGGUCUCAAUGGUGCCAGUGGUGCUCCUCCCCUUGUUGCUGUAGUUGACAAUGAGCUAUAUGCGGCUCAAUAUGCAGGAAAACUAGUAAGGAAGUAUAAUAAAAGUGAUAACACAUGGACAACUCUUGGGGAGUUACCAGAGCGCCCAGAAGCUGUGAAUGGCUGGGGCAUUGCAUUCCGAGGAUGCGGAGAGCAGCUCCUGGUGAUUGGUGGACCAAGAGUGCUGGGCGGCGGGAUGAUUGAACUCCAUUCGUGGAUCCCAAGGGAGGGCCCCUUGCAAUGGAACAUGAUCGGAAGCAAACCUUCUGGCAACUUUGUUUAUAACUGUGCUGUCAUGGGGUGCUGAUUUCUGUGCCGCCACCCACCCGUCGAACAUACUUGUCAACAAGAAAGAUUUGUGAUAUUGGUUUCGCAAAUGCGCAUAAAAGCACUGAUUCUGCCUGAUUGGUAAUCUCUGCCUUCUUUUUUUCCUUCUCCUCUGGACAUUUCAGAUUUUACUCCAUGUUCCAUAGAUUAGUCAGUCACAUCCUUCCUUGUAUUCGUUAACAGUUACACUGUUGGGUCUCUGUUUUCCGUGCAUUUGGUUUCCAGUUGGGAAUUUGUACCUGGUCUGGUCCGUAUACUCUGUCGAACUGAGAAUUUCCUGAGAUGGAUGCAUCUAGGUGACAAACUGUAAUUGAUGUAGCCUUGCAUCUGGACAAAAUUGUACUCCAUUGGACUCUGAAUUGUCCCAGCUUCA